GGGGGGGGGAAGACGGCGGGCUCUAUUAGGGAGAGAACUCGGGCGCCCACCCGUGCAAGGAAUGAGAAUGAGGCGAGGCGGGAAUCUCCGUCCGCCAGAUGAAGCACCCCUCGACAUUGGCGAAAGAAAAACACGGAUGGAUCCAAACCGUCCCCGCUCGGCCCCGGUCCAUCUGAGCGAAUCUCUCCUUCCCCGGCUUUGCCCUGUGCCGUGGAGUUGGCCCCCGGCUUCUCCUCCGCGCGUUCUCCCCCCCGCCUCCCCGCGCCACCAAAAGGGUGAUUAUCGAGUGCACAUCCCAGUGGAAUUAUUCAGAGUUUAUUUCACUGGUUGUUUGGCGCCGAGGACCGUCACAUCAAGCAAGGGGAUCCUGCUCAGCACCCACCCACUCUCUGUUGGAUUUUGUUUCCCGUCACCCCCCUCUCGGGUAUGGUCAACCAAAACUCCAUACCCUGAUCAUGAAAACGAGCGGAAAAAAGGGACAACAAAGGGGAGCGAGAUGAACGCAUUGCGGGGAGGCGGGCGGAACGUCGAUGGACCCCGGACGAAAGACUACGGCGGGCGAGGACGGAAGGACGGGACGACGAAAGGGAAAGAGGGGGAAACCAGUGAUUCCUCCCGCCCCCCUCAGGAUCUCGCAGAUGGGUCGAUGUCUGAUGGGCUUCAGGAGGUAUGACGAUCCACCUCGUUUCGUGUGGUUUGAAAGGAGGCCGCCGGCCCGAAGACUGAUUUGACCGAUCCCGCCCUGCGCUUCCCGCGGGGUCUGGGUGGGGGAGAGGCUUCCUCUCGAGUCGAUGUGAGCAUUCGGGGGCGUUCUGUUCGCCUACCCACCGUCAAAAAUGGGGGGAGGUGGGGUUCCGUUUUGUUCCGAUCAUUUUUUUUUUUCAUGGUUUUCCAUUUGGGGGCAACAAACAUUACGACGGAUUCGGUGGGGACAUGUUUGAAACCUGCAAUUUGUACCUGAUGGCUUGUAUGUAUAUGGGUUCGUGAAUUUCAAGUACAGUACAACUACAAGCAUUCGAUUCUGUUGCACAUCCCAGCGCGCACGCC